AUGCGUCGCUUAGUGUACGCCAUUCCCGGGUCUAAUGCUUCAUUUUUAUUCUUAUUUUCUACAACUUGGAAGCCUUCAAAACCACCUGAAAGCAAUCCGAAGAAGAAAAUGAUCAGAGAAGCCAAAAGCGCCUUGAAGAAUCUCUGUCCCACGUCAGUUGCUGUGCGUAUACCAUCAGGACGGAAUCGCAGGUAUGCUUUCAUCGAAUUUAAGACUCCGGCAGAGGCAGAAACAGCAGCGAAAGAGGUGACAGGGCGAGUAAUGAAUGGAAAAUCAAUCAGAGCUAUUGUAUGUAGUCAAAAGCCCACCCGAACCGAAGCCGACUGGCAGUCACCGAUGGAACGUGGGCUUGACGCUUUUGACUUGACAACUCUCUAUGUCUCAUGCCUUCCACGUUCGACAGAGCGCACAAUUCUUGCGCAGAUCUUUCGUACUGCACACAAGAUCAAAUACGAGACUCUUCCAGACGGUACAUCCAAGGGGUUUUGCGUUUUGAAAUACCAGACUCGUGAAUUGGCUCAAAAGGCAUUCAUGGAACGCCACGACACCUUAUUAAAGGGGACACCCAUUUAUGUCAACUUUUUAAUCAAGUCCAAAGCAAAAUUGGAUGGGGACGAGGUAAUGAAGAGAGAAGGAGUUUUGCACAGAGAAUUGAAACGCAAAGCACCAGAAGAAGACGAAGUCGUGGUUAUGCCAGCGAAGAAACGCUGUUGCGGAAAUAUGGAUCCUGAACAAGUUGGAGUUGUGGACGACUCAACGGUGCAGGCAAGGAAAAUUGCGACUAAAAACAAGGCUGAAAAAGGAGUGCAUGUAACACUUCCAUCCAAAUUGAACAACCGGGAUCCGAGUUUCUCUAUCAAGUAUUCAAUGGGUCCGAAAUCCAAAAAACCCAAACUGCAACCCUACCAACUCUCGAAAAAGUCUGAUAACAGAAUAAAGAAGCUCAGAAGACCGAAAUGA